ACACAACCAAAUAUCAUUUUCGUAGUCAAAAUAAAUUCUGUGGGGACGACGGCUGUCAGAACUUCAGCGGAGCUGUCAAACGCCAAAGAAUCCUCGUCGGAUGUGGAUGCUGCUCGGGCUGAGGAGCGCGCGCGAGAUUUCGCAAACAUUUCAACGGGUUCUGCUCGGCUUGCUCUGCCGUUUUGCAUCUUCCGCGGGUUUAGUUUUUGAGAGGCUUCGAUAAGUGCCCAAAGUGAACAGAUUCGGAAUAGAACAGUUGCCGUAUCGUGCAAAGGACAGUCGUUAUUGAUUUAGCGCCGUGUUUUGAAUAAACAAGACUCGCUGGCGAGAAAAGGCGUGGGACCCGUCGUUCCAAUUGUAGUUCGGUGGCUCGCCGAGGGCUGGACAAUGGCCAUUUGUUUCUCGGUGGGCGCCUCCUUGUAGAGUGCCUCGGUCGUCCUUGCGGGAUCCUGUGUUGAUGUAAGUGCGAUGCGUGGUCUCGUCGCGGCCUCUUCGAAAUGGUUCUAACUACGGAAUGGUCCCAAGUCGAGGUGAUCGAUUUAAUAAACGACGGGAAUGGACUUGGGUUUAUGCUGGUCGGCGGGCGCAGUACGGGUGUCGUGAUCAAGGCGCUGAUCCCGGGCGGGGUGGCCGAGCGCGACGGCCGCCUACAAAGCGGCGACCACGUUUUGCAAAUUGGCGAUGUGAACCUGCGCGGCUUCAGUUCUGAACAGGUGGCUACGGUCCUGCGGCAGACAGGGUCUCAAGUUAGGCUGGUUGUUGCCAGGCCUGUGGAGCCUUCCGUCCCCGAGUACCAGGCGUUGGCUAGCCACGCACCCAUUAUCCCGACAAAGCUGCUCUCGGACCCGGAUGAACUGAGCAGGCAGUUGUACCAGAACCCUUCGUUUGCAACCGGCGCGGGUUUUCUCAACGCCCAGGAGAACGAAAUCCAACCGCUUUGCUCGGCGCAUCUAGAACUGAUGGGUCUACCCCCGAUUCCGUCAUCGGUGGAAAUUGCAAACGUCUCCCAAGUUCUUUCGCCAGGUUCCCCGCUCGUUCCAUCGAUUGUCACCAAUUUCAUUGAACUUCCUGAGACUGAAACGUACGAAGUGGAGCUUCGAAAGAAUGUUUACGGGCUAGGUAUCACCGUCGCGGGAUAUGUUUGCGAGGAGGAGGACUUAUCAGGCAUAUUUGUAAAAAGCAUCAUCGAGGGCAGUGCGGCCGAGAUGAGCAAGAAAGUGCAAGUGAACGACCGGAUAGUGGCGGUGGAUGGGAAGUCAUUGGCGGGCGUAACGAACCAUCAAGCGGUGGAAAUCUUGCGAAACACGGGGAUUAUCGUGAACCUUACUUUAGAGCGGUUUUUGAGAGGGCGGAAAUACGAACAUUUGCAGGUAGCACUGACUGAAAUCAAAAGUGAAACCCAGUCACAGCCAUCAUUGCCGCCUUCUCCGUCGAUCGCGACCCUGUCUUGGGCGCCCCCGAAAUCCGAUGCAGAUUCCGCUGAUACCGAAGACGGAGCGGAAUGCCAGAUAGAGUGCGAAUUGGCCUCGCAUGCCACGUUUGAUUCGAAUAUGUCUAUGGUCCUGGACAACUGCGAGAACAAUCAUAUAAACGAUGAAGAUAGUACUCCCAAUGGGAGCAACGAUAACGGAGUACCAAUCGGAAAUGGAGUGCAUGACUCAGAUCCAGACGCUGCAGAAGCGAGUGAAGACGGCGCGUCAAUUAACUGUGAUAGCGAAAACCUGGCGAGCCCCGAUAGCUCGAAACCAAAUACUCCAACUCCGACGCCCAGCGUCAAUUCCACGAACGCUCUGUGGCGUUCUGAGUAUCCGGAGAGCGAGAUCAUCAUGACUGACAUAAACAAGCUCUCCGGGCUGGGGAUCAGCUUGGAAGGCACUGUGGAUGUUGAAUGCGGCGUGGAGAAGCGACCGCAUCACUUCAUCCGAUCUAUCCUGGAAGAUGGGCCUGUGGGGAAGGAUGGGAAAUUGAAACCCGGCGACGAGCUCCUCCAGGUCAAUGAACAUAAGCUCCAAGGACUGACCCACACUGAGGUUGUUAAAAUCCUCAAGGAACUUCCAGCACAAGUGAAAUUGGUAUGUGCACGCGGGCCCAAACCGCCAUCCGUGAUAAACACCUCUCAAGAUCCGGAAGCCUUUGAAUCGCGUAGUUUGCUUCCUGGUGGCCACGAGUGCCUCAAAGGACUUCUGACCAAAGCGCAAUCGGAGAGCUCUUUAUACACGUCCAGCACAGCGACAUUAACGGACCAGCAGCGGUCAAAGUCGGUGGAACAAGUGUCGGGAUUGGCGCUCUGGAGCUCGGAAGUGAUAUAUAUAGAAAUUGAAAAAACCGAACGUGGCUUCGGUUUCUCGAUACUCGAUUAUCAGGACCCGUUGGAUCCGGAGGGAACAGUGAUUGUGAUUCGAGGACUCAUACCUGCUGGUUCGGCGGAGGCGACGAAUGCGAUAUUCCCUGGAGAUCGGCUAAUUUCCGUGGCUGAGCACAACUUGCAAGGGCUUACGUUGGACGAAGCUGUCAGUAUAUUGAAAGGAAUGCCUCUGGGAUUAACCAAGAUCGGAUUGUGUAGGCCACUCUCGAUGUCGGAUAAUAACAUAGCAACACCGGCUGACUCGCCCAGCUCGUAGUCGUUAGUGGACGAGUGGUAGUGAUCACGCCGCCUAAUAAUCUCGGAUGCGCACUCAGAUAUAUGUAUACUUUAGGGUAAAGUACUCGAUUGUGAUGUAGUGGAGUUUUUAAUGGAAAACAAGCGAAACACAAAUAUAUUUUAUUUCAAAUGUAAACACAGCAUAUCCGAACAAAUCUCGUGAAUUAGGGGAAGUACAGCAGACAUCGUUAGGCCCGAUACAUCUUCAGGGUUGUGUAUUGAUGAAAACGGAAACAGAUAAAAAUAAAUUAGGUCGCAUGUAUUCAACCACUGCUACAUAUAUAACAAUGUUCUGAAAUAGAAUUAAAUCAACAUAGGACGAAACACUAUUAUGAAUGCCUUGCUAAUAAUAUAUGUAAUUGAUUUUCUGUGCUAAAAAUAAAGCGAAUAUGGAGGAAUUAGAAAUACUUUAAACGAUAACGACUAAUUCGAAAUAUAUAUGUUACUGAUAAUGAUGAAAUUGGAAUGUUAACUAGAGAUAAUAUAGAUGAUUAUAGUUGAUUGCUAAAGUUUUAUUAGGUUAACUCGAAUAUAUCUGAAAUGAUUAUAAAUCGACCAAUUAUGAUUAGAAAGUAAAGUUAAACAAAAGAAGCUUAUUAGUGAUAUUAAAUUUAAUUGCGAAAUAAAUAGGUUAAAAUACAUAAAGAAUUUGAAACUUCUUUAAUACAAACGUUCGAUAAUCCGCGCAUGGAUUUACUUGGUUUUAACAAAAAUGUGUGUAAAUUGAACUUUUUUAGACCAUCCUAUUUCCUAGAAUAUAGAUAGAUUCUCUCAGUUCAUUUGCUAUCAUAUAUAAAGUUUUAUUGAAACUUUCCGGGAAAACCUAAUAUAAAGACAUAUCUGGCUAAUAAAUUAACUGCAUUAAUAUAGCACAUUUUCUAGAUAUUAUUAUACAAAAUGGAGGAAACAAUUUGAAAACUACUUAUGAAAGUUUCAUAAUAUUUUCAGAUUGAUUAUAUAAUAAAACUGAAGUGGGCAACUUCCUUCAUUGAGUGCUACUUUAUGCUGUCCUCCUACUUGCUUAAACACUGAUGCCGAAAAUUAUUUGAAGCAGCAGUUUUCUAAAGUUUCAUUGCCCCAGAAAUCCAUUAACUUCAGUAAUGAAGCAAUUGCGACAAUCGUGAAAUUAUUUGAUUUUCAUUCUAGUUUGACUUAAGAAGGUAGCUUUAGAGGGUUAACUCCUACAAAACAUUUUAUUAACAUGUGAUAAAUUGUGAAAUAUGAGCAGUUGUAAUGUUUGGUUAGGUAUCCAAUAGUGGUGAAUUCAACAUCUACGUAAAUCAUGGACAACAGGAAGAAAUAGGCAAAGGCCGUAGUGGCCCACCUUAUUUGACGCGGCCUUCUAGCUGAAUAUCUCAGAUUCGUUUACAUAUGUAUCGCAGAAUUCCUGUUAGUUGAUAUAAUGCUUCUCACUGCAGCUGCUGUGUAUCAGCACCGCAAAUCUAAUCUCGGAUGCUUCCAUAGACAGAUCCUUCACAAUAGGAAAUGUUCCAUGAAUUCUGCUUUCCCAUCUUAAGGUUAACACCUUGUAGAGUUUCUAUUCCGAACACAUGCUAACAAUACUUCUUCACUCAAAUCUUGUGCAAGAUGAUGCCACCUGCUGAGUGCAAAUGGAUUCACACACCUCUCACUAAAUUUGGCGACAAUUGAUUCAGCCGUUUUCGAGUAAAUCGGGUGUGACAGUCAGACAGAUGGACUGACAAACAUUGAAUCGAAUAUAAAAACGAAUGAUGACCAUUCUUACUCCUUACGCUGAUGCUAAAUUUUGUACAUCUAUGAUGAACCUAGUGGGAUUUCCCGGUAAACUUCUGAAAUAUUGUAAGAUUGUAAGACAUUAUUGAGCAGAUUUUCAGAAUUAGAUGUAUUUUAAGGCCCAGAUUUCAUAUAGAUGCAUCAUUUUAAUUUUUCCAGGUUUUUUGGUUGAAUGGGUUCUGUAAACGUGAUCUAACUGAACCCUUUCAUUUGAUACCUACGCGGCUAUAUGAACGAACAAAAAUGAACAAAAAUGUUGUACUCCUGUUUCACAUGUAUUGCCCCCCCCCCCUUAAGCUCAGAAAUAAUGUCAUAUGUGUGUAUUUACCAAAAUUUGACACUUUCCACAUAUAUCUUCUGAAGGCACAAUCAACCAUCCCCCCAUCCCCCCAAGAUUUCAAAAUUCCAAUUUACACCCUUUGCAAGAUAAAUUCACUAUUAGGAAAAUAGUAAAUAAAUAAUCACGUUUAAACAUAUCAAACUAACGAUAAAUGAGAUUAAUGCUUUCACAAACGAUACUAACUCUUUAGCAAAUCAAUUUGCUUAAAUUAACCCUUAAAAAAUUAAAAUGCUGAAUGAAACUUAGGGUCUGUCAAAUAAAAAUAAUACUAUUAAAAUGAUAAUUAACAAUUACAUAAAUGAGAUUAAUAUUCUUGUAAAUACUACCCGCUGGAAUAACUUUGAAUUUGGAAAAGUAUUGUUGUUAGUAUACAAGAACGUGGCAUUUGACAGUCUU